GUCAGAGGGGCCCUAGCUGAGGUUGGGGCAGAGAUGGCGGCAGCUCUGGUGCUGGUCUGGACUUACCUUCUCAUAGGACUCCUGUCUAGGUUUGGAGGUAUUGUGGCCCAGCAGAUGCUGUACCCUCUCAUUGGCAGAGUCUUCAUUCAUACAUUGGAGCCUGCUAGUUUUCUGGACCUGCCUGAUGAUAUUGAUCCCAGACCCAAUACUCUUGUCACCUUCCAUGCCCACCUACUGGGGCAUCCAGAUUUGCCUCGAUGGCUCCGCUACACCCAGCGCAGCCCCAGUCAGCCUGGUUUCCUCUAUGGGACCCCUACACUUGAAGACCGAGGUCAACAAGUCAUUGAGGUCAUAGCCUACAACAGAGAGAGCUUUGAGACAACCCGAAAGAGGCUGGUGCUGCUGGUAGGGGAGCCUGAAGGCCCCUCACUUCCAUAUGAGGCUGAAUUCCUGGUACAAAGCCAUGAUGUGGAAGAGGUGCUGCCUUCAUCCAUUGGUCAACGCUUUUUGACUGCCUUGGGUGGACUCUGGGUGCCUGGGGAGCUACAGUUACUCAACAUCACCUCUGCUCUGGACCGUGGGGGUCGUGUCCCUCUUCCCAUUGAAGGCCGAAAGGAAGGGGUUUACAUCCAAGUGGGUUCCGCCAGACCCUUCUCCACCUGCUUGAAGGUGGUAGGGUCCCCUGCCAGCCGUGACCGCUGCACCCAAGGCCAGCCGCCACUUCUGUCCUGCUAUGACAGCUUCGUACCCCAUUUCAGAGUCGACUGGUGCAAUGUGUCCCUGGUGGACAAGUCGGUACCUGCACUACCCAGGCCAGUGCCCACCUGGGGCGAUGGCAUUCUGGAGCAUGACCCAUACUUCUGCCCCCCAACGGAGGCACCUGACCGAUACUUUCUGACUGACGCCCUUAUCACCCUCCUGGUACCCCUGCUGGUCGCCCUGCUUCUUACCCUGAUCCUGGCUUACAUCAUGUGCUGCCGAAGGGAGGGCGUGUUGAAGAGAAACCUUGCUACCUCUGACAUCCAGAUGGUUCACCACAGCACCAUUCACGGUAACACGGAAGAACUGAGGCAGAUGGCAGCAAACCGAUCAGUGCCUCGGCCUCUCUCCACCUUGCCCAUGUUCAAUGUGCGCACAGGUGAGCGGCUACCUCCCUGUUCUGACAUUGCCCAGGUGCCCCUCAUUCUGGACCAGCACUGAGAACCUCUGACCUAUUCAGGGAAUGGCCACAUCCCAUCUGAGGAAUCCAGCUGCUAUUAAGAUGAAUCACUUACAAGGGGCCAUGCUGGGGUACGGGCUAGAGCCGGGGUGUGGGAAGUGGUCGGGGCCUAGAGGGAUUAGAGAAAGAGAGAAAAUAAAUUCACCCAUGUGCAGGUGACUCUGGGCUCCAACCUCCCUUUAGUAAUCCCUC